CUAACAUUAAUCCAUUACAGUUAUAUUAACGAAAGAAAACGCAAAUAUAAUAAAGAAGUAUGAUGAAAUUAAUAUUAUUUUUGUGCUUUGUCCAAUUAAUUAGUCUUAAUUAUGCUACAGAAAUUGAUUAUAGUCAUUUAAAUGAUGAUGACUUGCAUGAUCUUUUGGAAACCUCGAUUACUAAAUUAGAAAAUAUUGAAAAAGAUUCUCGAAAUGCAUCUGAAAUUUUUAUUAAACGAGCUUUCCAUGUUAAUGGUAAUUCAUAUUUAGAAGAAAUUAAUAGCAGACUGAGUGAGUUGAUUUCAAUAGAAGCAGUAUAUAUUCAAGAUUAUGCGGAGCAAUUAUUAAGAAGCAGCGAUAGAAAAUGCGAAGGAGAAUGUAUUGAGGUUUUAAGAAAUAGCAGAGCAGAAGCAUUGAAUAAUUACACAAUUUGUUUAAAUAAAAAAAAUGAUGACAUAAAAACAUUAGAUGUGAAAUUUGAUCUACUCCACAAAACAAAUAUUAAUUUCAUCGAGGAAAAUAUAAAAACAGCGAAAAAAUGUCGCGAAAACGAAAAUCGCGCAUGCAUUCUUAAGGUAAACCAAAUUGUCUUAAAAUAUUUAACUUGCUUAAGUGUAACAAGCGGCUUUCGAAGUUGUAAUUCAAAUUGUGUUAAUCCAAUGUGCCUUCGAAGAUAUUAUCAGCUUUUCUUGAUGCCUGAUACUUACGAAUUUAAACAACGUGUGGAACGAGAAUGUCAAAUGUAUCUUACUUUUAAAUUACAAACACAUUUAGUUUAAAGUAAAUAAAUAUUAGUAAAUAAUAUUAAAUUAAAAAAUCAUAAUAGAAAAUAAAAA